AUGUACGAACAUUGUCAUCAAAAUAAUGCCGUUAUUGGAGUUCCAGAAGAAUUAAAGAAAGAAAUUUUGGUUAAUAUUGAAAUUAUGAAGUCAAAAAAUAUUGAAGAUGAUGAAGAAUUGGAACCGCAAAAGCCUACUAAUUGGAGUGAACCAAAGAAAUUUACAACAAAUGAAUUAAAAGAAAGACAUGUUGAUGUCUCUAGCUCUUCUGGUGAUGAAGCAGAUGAAUAUAGUACAACGGACAGUUCUUCAUCUGAUUCAGAAUAUGAAGAAGAGGAAGUUGAAGAAUCUGAAGUAAAUGAAGAUGACGAAUUUGCUUCUAUUGAUGAUGGUUCUAUGAUGAAGAAGAGGAAGGAGGAGGGGAAGAAAUUGUUGAGACAAAUUUUGUUAUGA